AUGAAUAAUUUUACCAAUUUUUAACAUCAAAACUUUUAACAAAAUUUAGAUAAUUUAGGUGAAAAGUUUUGCCCUUUUUAUUUUAAAUGUGAUUCUUUUUGUUUAGAAUAAAGUUAUUAAUAUAAUUUUGGAAUAGCAGGAAUAUUAAUGUUUAUAUCUCUAAUAUUUUCUUUUUAUUAUAUAUUAAGACACUUUUAACAUUUUACAAAUCCUCAUUUUUAAUCAAAAAUUAUUAUAAUAUUACUUAUGGCUCCAUUUUACGCAACAAUUUCUAUGUCUUCUAUUAUUUUUAAUGAAGCAGAAAUAUAUUUAACAUUAAUUAGGGAUGUAUAUGAAGCAUUUUUAUUAUUUACUUUUUUUUAUUUGAUUUUUUCUUAUUUAGCAUAUGAUUAAGAAUAAUAAUAAAUUAUAGAUGAAAGAGUUUAUAUAUUAAUGUGUUAAUCUUAAAAAGAAAUACAUCAUAUGUUUCCAUUUAAUAAAUGUACAAAACCAUAUAAAUUAACAAGCACUGCAAAAGCAAAAUACUUUACAUAUAGAUGCAAGAAAUUCGUACUAUAAUGCUUUGUUUUGAAACCUAUAUGUUCGCUAAUUUUAAUAAUAUUAGCUAUUUUUUAAGAAUAUUCGAUUCCAUUUAUAGUAUAAAAUAUAAAUUAAAAGUAUAUUAAAAAAAUAAAUAAGUAUGGUAUAGAAAUUUUUAUGAAGAUUGUUAUAGCAAUAUCUGUAACUUAUUCUCUUUAUUAUUUAAUUUUGUUUUAUUAUGCAUUAAAAAAACCUUUAAGUCCUUUUCAUCCUUUGUUAAAAUUCUUAACAAUAAAAAUUAUUUUAUUUUUUACUUUUUGGCAGACAAUUACUUUGUAAUUAUUUGGAAGCUAUUUAUUAGAAUGUUUUGAUCAAAAUUCUAUUUUUUUUGAAGAAUAAAGAAUUAUUAGUGGGAUAGAAAACACUUUAGUUUGCUUUGAAAUGGUUAUUAUGUCUAUUGCUGGAGGAAUAGCUUUUAGUUAUAAACCUUUUAUUGAUGGAGUUAUAAAAAAAGUUAAUAUUCUUGAUGUCAUUAAGGACAAUGCAUCUACAUUUAAAAAAGAUUUCAGACUUAUUAAGCCUAGAAAAAUGGGAUUUAAAGCAAAAACAGAAUAGUCUAAAUACAAUCCAACUGGACCUUCUUAAUAAUAAGAAAUCUAAAUUGAAAUGUUUUAGAAAACAAGUGAUUUAAAUAAAUCUUUACUUUAGGCAUAUGUGUGA